AGUUAAUAAAUACAUUACCUGUCCUACCGGAUAACGAGUGGGAGCAUUUCAGCAAGGAUCACUAUUCAAUCCACACAAAGACAUGAAUUCCGAAGCGGUAGUCAUCGUCUCCGCGGCAAGGACUCCCAUUGGUUCCUUGAAUGGAGUUUUCGCUAGCGUACCAUUGCAUGAGCUGGCCACGGUGGUUAUUAAGGAUGUCCUGAAGAGAGCAAAUGUUAAGCCAGAGGAGGUUUCAGAGGUGAUCAUGGGCCAUGUGCUCACAGCUGGCCAUGGGCAGAAUCCAGCUCGCCAGGCCAGCGUUGGUGCAGGCAUUCCAUACCCAGUACCUGCAUGGAGCUGCCAGAUGGUGUGUGGUUCAGGUCUGAAGGCCGUGUGUCUGGGAGCUCAGUCCAUCAUGACGGGAGAGUCCACUGUGGUCGUAGCAGGUGGAAUGGAGAGUAUGAGUCGGACUCCACAUGCGGUUCAGAUGAGGGCAGGGGUGAAAUUGGGUGAUGCUUCACUGCAGGACACUCUGGUGUCUGAUGGACUGACUGACGCUUUUCAUAGAUACCAUAUGGGGAUUACAGCGGAGAAUGUAGCGAAACAGUGGUCAGUGACCCGAGAGGAGCAGGACCAGUUUGCCUUGACGUCGCAGAACAGAACUGAGGCGGCACAAAAAGCGGGCCACUUUGAUCAGGAGAUUGUGCCAGUCACUGUCUCCUCCAGGAAAGGCCCAGUGGAGGUGAAGGCCGAUGAGUUCCCUCGUCAUGGCUGUAAUAUUGAGGCCCUGUCCAAACUGAAGCCUUACUUUGUGAAGGACGGAACAGGGACUGUCACCCCUGGCAACGCUUCAGGCAUAAAUGAUGGUGCUGCAGCUACUGUGCUCAUGAGCCAAUCAGAGGCUCAGAGGCGGGGUUUAAAACCAAUGGCUAAGAUCAUCGCCUGGGCUCAAGCUGGCCUUGACCCGUCAAUCAUGGGCACCGGGCCUAUCCCAGCUAUCCGAAAAGCGGUUGAGAAAGCAGGGUGGAAGUUGGAUGAGGUGGAUCUUUAUGAGAUAAAUGAAGCAUUUGCUGCCCAGUCAUUAGCUGUUGUCAAGGAGCUCGGCCUGAACCCAGACAAGGUUAAUGUGUGUGGGGGCGCCAUCUCUCUGGGACACCCCCUGGGUAUGUCGGGCUGCCGCGUCCUUGUGACCCUACUGCAUGCACUCCAGAGAACGGGGGGGAAGAGGGGCGUGGCCUCGCUGUGUAUCGGCGGGGGAAUGGGGAUCGCCAUGUGUGUCGAGAGAAUAUGAGAGAAAUUACGCUUGUACGCACAUUUACCCAACAUGUACACACAACUGUAUUUUUCCUGGUGUUUCAGACUUUUCCCUGACUUCUGUAAUUCAUUUAUACCUCGCUUUUAAUUCACCCCAUAUGUUGAGAGAUACUGAAAGCAAUAAUUUGAGAGAUUCCCAUAACUUGGUACUCCUCUCAUUCUUUUCAUAUAUGCACUUAAAAGAUCAUUUCAAACAUGUUUACAGAAUGCAGCCACCUCUUGGUCUAAGUUUUAUAUAAUGGUUGAUGAGUUACUCUUGUGUGGCCUUUUGUUAAAACCAUCCAAUCAGAAAUCCUUCAGACAUUCCUCUCCUUCACUCAAAGAUGUGUGUAACAACUUGGGAAUAUUUUUAUGAAGAAAGUCUAACUCUUUAGGAAUCUUGUAAUAGAAGAGUAUAGUGUGGCCUUUAGUGUAUCAAGAAUAGAAUGCUUCAUAUCACUCAGUAGGGAUCCUUUAGGGAUGCUAUUCGUAUUACUGUAAACUUUGUCAGUUUAGAGAGUAAUUUCUAAUUGACUUGGUUAAGUAACAGUUAAGGUCCCACAUGUACACUCAAUACACACUACGUGUUAAAACUUCAUCCUCAGUUUUUUUAAUCUUUUCCCCAUUGUGUUCUCACCUCUACAGAUGGGAGGAUUUUGUGUUGAGAUUUCAACAGGCCUUAUGUAUUAUCAUUGUUCACAGCUUGAAAACUGAAACUCAGCUAUUACUACCACUUACCCCAUCUAUAGUGUUCUUUUAACGUAUAUAAUACAACAGAAUACAGUUGUGAAAAGAUGAAAAAUUAGUGAAACUUUCCUUCAAUAUACAGACUAUAUAGGUGAUACUGUGGAAGGAAAACGCCUUAGUGUGUAUGCAAAGUGUGCCACAGGGCUAAACUAGCCACUGUUCUGUGCUUCCUGUAGAUAGCGUUUUACUAAUGUGAAUUAACUGUGUCUGUAAUGUAUUGUGUCAACAUGAUAAUGUGAGCUUUAAAAAAACUCUCUCCAAGAAAAUAUGUUUACAGAUGUAACCAGAACGAUUUAUGUGCUUAAUAAAGACAAAUACAAAGCCUUA